AUGGCAAACAUUCAUGGCUGCUUUGAGCAUGCGAGUCUAUGCUUCUCUCAUCAGACAACUUCACGAACUCCAGAGGACCCCAUGUGUUGCAUGAGUGAGUGGGACGGUGGCAAUGAACCGGCUGCAUCAAUCCUGAUCGUCUUCACUCUGAAUAGACCCCAACGAAGCCAUAUGGAAAGUGUGGCACUGAAAUACCUACCUAGCCUGUACAACCUAAAGCAGUACAUCAUCGGCAACAAAAACUUCCCUGUACGAUGUUUAAUGGCUCGUCAGGUGGCCCGUUUCGAAGCAAUCUGCUCAUCGGAAUACCGAUAA